GAAAAGACACAUAAAUGUUUCAUACAGAAUGUUGGGCUUUGAAUGUCAACUGUUUGAUCGUGGGAAAAACAGAGAAAGACCAACACGACAGAAUGCUUAUAAUGGAUCAAAUGUUUAUAACUACAUAAGUAUGCGUAAGAACGAAAAGCCAGAAAGAUCAGGAAUCUAAUAGUGACAAAUGGACAAGUAUGUCAUGGAAUGCGUAUUCGGAAUGUAUACUGCAUGGUCAUUAUCUUGACAUCACAAACAUGAAGUACUUCACGGAAGCCUCGAAAUCUACUUUCAUAACAGAAAUGAUGGUAUAAAAAGUACACCAACACAAUUGGUACCGAAAGCAGAUGUCAUGUUACGAUGUCAUCGGUAUAUACAUGUAUACGUAUAAUUAGUACCAGGAGUUACUAUCAAGUUAAUACGAGAUGACUUGCUCGAAACAAUUCACAUAUUGUAGCUAUGUGUGAGAAAGGCAUAAACCUUUACAGGGAUAUACUUAAAAACAGAAUGGGAAAAACGAUUAUACAUGUUUUUGUCUGACGCAAGAAUUGAAAGGUUUGAGGUGAAGGCAUUGUUUAAAGUAAAUUAUGUCAUACCUAUAAACUAUAAAUGGUACAUAUUUAUGUCGGGGAUAAAGAGGACAAUUAAGUAUAAAAACAAUUGAUACACAAUUGACCCAAAAUUCCAAAGGUGUCUGCAAAUGUCGAUCUUCAACACGCAUGCGUACCUUGUCUGUAUUAUCGCAAAAUUCAGAGUACUUGUCGCAACAAGUAAGUAUAUCGGGUUUUUUUACUAACAGCUAAAUAAUUCAGUAUGGUUAUAGCUUUUGACCAAUUGGGACAUAUAAAUACAUUCAUAUGUCCUUAAAUAUAGAUAUAUUUUAGUCUAUACCAUACGAAAGAUAGUGAAAGGUAAAGUUUUAUAUUUCUACAAUGCGUGUUUCGACAUCGGUGUCAUACGGUAGUUCUCAAAUCUCUAGUUUCGUAAGGUGAAAUAUUCACUGCACAACGUGUGAAUGUAUUUGUCAGAUCACGAUAGAUAAAAGGGGCGAGUGAAUUGAACAAGUCACAUAUUAUUAGAACUGAUGAAGAUCUGGGCAUACGGAUCGAAAGCUUUACAGUAAUAUAUUUACGUGGUGUUUCCACAAACAGAAAGUAUUAUAACGUAUUUAUUGUUCUAAAAAUUUAAGUUGGAAUAAAAACAUUUCGUUUCAAGGUUUCAAAUACAAAAUGUUAUAGUAUGACCCUGCUUCAGUGGAUUGUGAUAUGACUCUGCUUCAGUGGAUUGUGAUAUGACUCUGCUUCAGUGGAUUGUGAAAGAUACAAAAUAACAAUAAAGUACAGAGUCUAAGGGUAUAUUAUGAUCUAGAACUACAUUAGCUACCAUGCCUAAGUAGUAAGAUCAAAAGAUUCUGUGAUGGCAACUGGACAACUGAUAUCCCUAAUCUCCCAGUUCAGUGCAAUUUGCAGUUUGACAUGGAGCACUGGAAAUCCAUACUACAAAAUUUACAAUUGCACCACUAAAUCCAUAGUAUAUCCAUACUAUUUCCAUACUAUAUCCAUACUAUGGAAAUAUACAAUUAUUAUAGAUAACCAAAAUCCAUUCUAUUUCCAAUCAAGGUCCAUACAAUUUCUAUUCUAUGACUUUCUAUGGAUUUUCAAAAAAUUUUCCAGUGGAGCCUCAUCUGUUGGAAGAGAAAAUUUCGACCAACGGUGUAAAAAGUCAUCAAAGUUUUCUUCACUCAGCUAGGGAGAGUGCUGGUUAAACCAGCCAAAAUUCCUGAUUAGAACUGUUCAAGUUUGACGUACAGAUUUGAAAUGAUUUUAUUUUUCCGUUCCCAGAUCACAGACAUGGAUAAAGGAGGUGAACGUCCUACGCCAAGCAAGCAAGAUUGUGAUGAUAACAAUGAAGAGGACAUUGUGGAAAAUGAAGAAGGAACACAACAGCAAGGAGAGAGACAAAUUAUGGCAACAACGUCAUCGCUGGCUGGUGAAAAUCAUGUUGUGGUGUAUGACCCUGGGCGUGAUCGUAGGCCUCCAAUACAGGAGACUGGUGAUGAUCAACAACUAGCACAGCUUGGUUUAAAUCCUAAUAUCAUGGCGUAUGGUUCAGGUGCUACUCCUGAAUUGGAAGGAGUGAUUAUUGGGCAGAGAGAUAGCAAUGGUCUGGUGGAGGUCUCGGUGAUGUCAGUAGAAACCUCUCCAGCCAUUGUAAAUGAACUUUGAAUUGUCUCUAACUGUCUCUAAAUUGUCUUCAGACAUUGUUUCUAACUUUGACAUUUAGUAAUCUAUACUGUUAAAAUUGCCAAUGGUUGAUUAAUCCAAUAAUUUGGUAUCUGGGUAUAUUGUAAUUUAGAGAUAGGUAAAAGGAACUCUACACAUGUUAGGUAUUUUGCAUGGUGUGACAUUUAUGUAUAGGCAUCAUUAAGUUAAUGCAUUUCUUAGAUUGUUCAUCUUCACAGGGUGUGGAAAGUAGACCUUAUCGGGAAAUAUUGUAUAAUAAGCAUGUAUAUGCAUGGUGUGGUUCACAAAACUAUUCUUUGAUAGGUGUGAAUAAAUUAUUCAUAGUGUCUUAUACAUGUAUUAGUAUAUAUUAUAUAUUGACGUUUAGUAUUAAUGAUCAAUAACUAUAUGCACGUGUUAAACACAGCUUAUACGGACAUUUUUAAAUUGUACAUAUAAUGAUCAGUUUAAUUAGUAUUUAUACACAUAGUUAUUUUAAUUAGAAAAUCAUGUAUAAAACAGGGC